AUGAUUGUCCCCGCGCUCACACUCGCAGGCAAACUCCUGGCCCCGGCGCUCAAGGAAGUGCUAGCCCACAUGGUCCAGGAAGGAACCGCAUCGCCUGAACCUCCCAAGCAGGCGUCGUCAUAUCUCAUCUUCUGGCGCAAGCCCGAGGAGUGGGGUCAGAUCAUCUACGACUGGGUUUCCGACAACGGCUUCGCGGGAUCCAUCAUGACGCUUUACGAGAUUACAGACGGCGAUCUCAGCCAGACCACCGAGUUUCGAGAACUGCCAGACCCAUUGCUCCGGCGCGCACUAGACACACUAGUGAAGCGCGGCAAAGCGCAGAUUCUGCGCGGAGGCGACAACGACGGCGACGGCGUCCGGUUCCUGUAG